AUGUCUUACCUUCUCUGGCGAUUUGGAGACAAUGACCAGGUAAAUUGCAGCAGAAAUGUCACACAAGAGUGCAAGCUCUUUCCGGGGGAUAGAAAUUGGCCUUCGCCAUCGCAGUGGCAUCUUCUUGAUGCAGUCACUGACGGUGGCCUGCUCCAAGCUCGGCCUGUUUCGGGCGUCUGCUACAAUGGGACCGGAGCGUCUAAUAGCACUGCCUGCCGAACCGUCACGGAUAAUUGGAACGACCUGCGCUGGCACACUGAGAAUGCACUUGAGCUGCUUUCGCCAUUCUACGAAGGCAACACUUGCUUGCCACCAACGAUCUAUGACAGUGGACACUGUCACCAAGGAGGAUACUCAACCCAUGUCGUCAAGGCCACCACUGUUCGAGAUAUACAACUGGCAAUCAACUUCGCUCGCAACACUGGGGUCCGGCUGGUCAUCAAGAACACGGGACACGACUUCAAUGGCAAAUCUGGGGGCGCUGGAUCUUUGAGCAUUUGGAUGCACAACCUCAAGAAUAUAGAGUUCAUUACAUCCCACCAGUCUGCUGGCGGCAGCUAUGUUGGGCCAGCCAUCAAAGCUGGUGCUGGUGUCCAAGUUGAAGAUCUCUACGCUUUCGCGUACAGGCAUGGACAUGUUGCAGUAGGAGGGGAUUGCAGCACUGUCGGAGUGGUGGGUGGCUACAUUCAAGGAGGCGGGCACAGCCCUUUAAGUCCGCUUUUCGGUCUGGCUGCCGACCAAGCCCUGGAGUUUCAGGUUGUCCUCGCCAAUGGGUCUUUCAUCACUGCGAAUGAGGUCGAGAAUGUCGACCUGUUCUGGGCGCUUCGAGGUGGGGGUGGUGGAUCAUAUGGAGUAGUCACUUCCACAGUCAUCAAGGUCUACCCAAACAUACCUGUUUCCACCGCCAACUUGACGAUCAGCACAGUCGACGAAGGCGUCUCGAAGGAGGCAUUAUGGAGCGUACUGGCCGCCUUCCUCUCCUAUUUCCCGCAAUGGGCCGAUGACGGGAUAUACACAUUCUUCUUCAUCUGGAACGACGUGCCUUCUGCUGGCGAGUUGACUCUCGACAUCGCACCAUUUCUUGCUUCGAACCGGACACUGAAGGAACUUCAGGGCUACUUGGCGCCAUGGCUCAGCCAGUUGCGAGAACUGAAUAUCUCUGCAUCGCCUGUCUGGGAUCACUUCCCCGACUUCUAUACUGCUUGGCUCACAACAGGCCGAGAGACUAUGCAGCCUCCAAAUCAAGCUGUUGCCUCGCGCCUCUGGCCUCGCGAGAACUUCAAAGAUGCCCAGCUGUUCAACGCCACCUUCGAAGCAAUUCGAGCUACGGUAGAGGCAGGCUACAAGACCUUCGGCUACAACAUUGCCCCUACCCUUGCUCGUGGCAGCGACGUCGAUAAUGCUGUCACUCCCGCAUGGCGAGAGACCGUUAGCCACAUGAUGUCCGGAGUCAACUGGCCGCUUUAUGCGAACUCAUCGGCUAUCAACCAUGCUUGGGAUGAUUUUGAAGUGUAUAUGGAUCUUUGGCGGAAGCUGAGUCCAAGAGCUGGAGCUUAUCUCAAUGAAGCAGAUCGACGGGAGCCUGAAUGGCAGAUGUCUUUCUGGGGAGAGCACUAUCCGAGACUGCUCGAGAUCAAAAAGCUGUAUGAUCCGUAUGAUCUCUUCUACGCUCAUCAUGCUGUUGGUAGUGAGGGAUGGGAGGUGAGAAGUAUCGAUGGUUUGCCAAACGAGAAUGGCCGUUUGUGCAGAGUAUCAGCCUGA